GCAUUGGUUUCGAAAUCAGGUCUUCUCUUUAGCCGCGCUCGAAUUACUUUGCUGCGGCUUACAAACAGCGGAUCUCUUAUUUCUAGCCAUAACUAGCCAAGUAAUUCCUACACGGCCGCGGCCGUAGCUUUGGGUGCCGGUUUUGUUUUCGAAAGCCGUAGACAACAAGACCCAUACGGAAGACCUGUGGUGCUAUCGAGUACACACGUAAAGCAUGGACUCGGAAGAAGCAGCAGACCUUGAUGCCGCAGAUGGAUUAGCAGGAGGGGAUAACUCCCUGAAUCCUGUUACCAUGGCAAUGACAUUGCAUCCACCUGACUCCAGCUCCCAGGACGAAAACAGUGCUGUUGGUGGACACGACACGUCUGGCAUUGCCAAUGUGAUCAACUCUAGCGCCAGCCUAGAUGAGAUGGGUAAGGAAACGUUUUUUGAAGAGGACACCUUUGAGACUGAUCCUGUUGAAAAUUACGAGGAUGACCGUGCUAAUGAAGUGGCAGAGAUGUCCAAUCUUGGUAUAGAAGACCUAGGUCCAAGAGACACUGAAAUGGACUACAUGGCAAGUGAUCAUGACUUCCCUCCAGGCGUAAAUGGUGAUCCUCCAGAAGUGAAGGACGGCAGAGGCUCAGAAGGGGCUUCGGAUGAAAGUGUCACGGAGGAAAACAGACCGGACGAGGAACAGGGAUCACAAGGAGAAGUGGGGGAAGAUGGAGAGGGAUGGAACGGUGAGAGCAAGGACGAGGAUCUGACGCCAGGAGGAGGCGAUGCUAAGGAAUCAUCAGGCCAAGAAGAGCCCAUCGAUGACCCAGUCCAUCUAAAGAGACGACAGCGGAAUGGUCUGUACAAGGAGGGCUUGAAGCUCCAAGAGACGAUGGGAAAUACCGACGAAGCCUUACGUUGCUACCUGGCUGCCAUCACCGGCCUGACAGAGAGCGAAGCCUUCACUGAGCUGCCUCAGUGCCUCCAUCAGAUUUCCAACAUCUACUUUGAGAAGAAGGAGUACGAAAAGGCUGUUCACUUUAUUCAGGCCGAGAAGAUGUAUUAUGAGACGGCUCUGAUUGAUAUUGUCAACCUGCAGAAGCAAUUAGAGUCAACCAGUGAAGAGAGUACUGAGGGAAAAGGUGAAGGGACAGAAGGGGCGUCAUCGCCAGCCGGACCUGACUCACCAGAGAUUGUCAAGGCCAAGGAGUAUGAGGACCUCGCUAAGCUCUGUCUAAAGGAAUCCAAACCACAACUGGCUCUUGAGUACUGCGGAAAGGCAACCAAAAUAUACCGUGAGGUAUACGGAGAUGCUCAUCCUGUCACCAUAGGAUCCUUGGAUCUCUUCACUGUGAUUUAUGCAGAUGUUGGCAAGAAAUUAUACACAGAUGCAAUGCAGAAGUUUGAUGCUGAGGAGAAGGUCCUUGCAGAAAGUGCAGCACAGUCACAGACAGAGAGCAGCGAUCAGGCAACAACGUCUGGAGAAGAGACUACUAGCGAGGUCAAACAGAGAUCCAAAGAUGUAAGUCAAUCAGCAAUAGAAACUGAGACACAGGCCCAAACAGAGUUGGAGCCAGCACCCCAGCCAGAAGACCAAGACGACUGGGUGACGACUUGUCUCCUCAUGCUACUCUUCCUCCUGGUCACCUUCCUGGUCCUGCUUAUCAUGGCCUAUUUUACUGCCUGGGUAACGAGCGUUCGUCCCUCUGCCAUCAGUUCAAGGGUGACUUGAGCUAUUGGUACAUGAAAAUCAAGCACUACUACCUGGGCAUCGGAAAACACUGACUUCCUGAUUGUUGCCUCCCUGUAAUAGAUUGUAGGGCCGUGCCAUAUAUUCAAAUAUGCAAAUAUUCAUUUGAUAGCCAAGUCAUUGUAAAGUGAUUGUUAAAUAAUCAAAUUUUCAUUCAGUCUUGAAUAAUGAAAUAUUCAUUUGAUUCUUGAAUAAUUGAAUAUUCAUUCGAUGGGUGAAUAGUUGAUUUUCAUUUGAUUAUAUAACAGAGUACCGAAGUGAUACGUCAUGGGCAUAUGGUUUCAGCACAAGUACCAACACCCAUGCGUUCUUCAUUUGGUUACACAAUACACGUCCCAGUUUGAAGGACGUCACAGUUUGGUACUCUACUGAAAUAUUUGAUCAUCAGAUAUUCUAAUAUUCAUUUGAAUGGUGAAUAAUCAAAUUUUUUAUUGAUUUUAAUAUUUAGGAAGGGAGUAAUGCUGCUGGAUGAAAAGAAAUAAUAAGAUGGACUUUCUUCUCUUUUGUUGAUUCUUUCUUUAAAUCAUAGAUUGCAAUAUAGUUUUUUGUGUGAUAUUGUAACAACUGUUCUUGACUCAAGACCUACUUCCUCAACAUUUAAUAUUCAGAUAUUCAGUCGUUAAAAUUCUGCAAAUGGGAUUCCAAAUUGUCCAAAUUCACACCUCCCUGUGAGGUUGUAUUUAAAAACAUUUUUUCAAGGGACAUAUAAUGAAUCUUAGGCAUUUCCACCAUCUAUGAAAAAUGGAAAUCUCUGGUAUAAAAUUUGCCCUACUUGAUCAUUUCUGAUUGCAACUCAAGUACUUUAAGUUCAAGUUACUUUCUUUCCAGGAAAAGUUCGGUCUCAUACUAUGCUUCCUGCUUGUGUAAAUACAAAGAUCAUUUACCAAUGAAAUUCGUGGCCAAAAUUUAGUGAUUCAAAGGUUUUUUUGCUGUGCACCUUUAGAGAUUGUGUGCAAUGAGCUGCAAUUUUUAGGUGAGAUUUUUAUUUCCAUUUUUCCGUGCAGUUGUUUCCGUCCAGUUUUUUUACUGCCUUAAGUCGUUUGUUAUGUACAUAUUUUGAAGUUUGUAUUUACAUUUUCCGUCCACUUUACACUGUGACAGAAUUAUGAUCAGUUUUUUCAUUAUAUCAAAUUAAUUGCAAGAAAAUGUCUGAAAAUAUUUUCAGAAUACUCAGAAAGUAGUUAGAAUAGGCCUAAUACCCUCACUCACAUAUACUGUAUCUUGAUUGGUCGAGAGUUAGUCACAUGGUAUUUGCUAGUUUUCGCGCUGACAAAUAAAUAACUGCCAACUUUGGGUAGCCUCAAGUGAGCUACUAAGAUAAGUUUUAAGUCAGCAGUCUUUUUGAGCGUACACGUGGGUUUGGGUUAGAUCAAGCCUGCAAACUCAAGAGCCUUAUAACAGUGUUACCUGAAAUGUGGACUCGUUGAAAUCCGGUUUCCUUAUCAUGCGUCGGUCACGGUAUUCAUCUGUUCUGUUUGGGGAAAGGUUCAGUGCUCUACCAGCAGUGCCUUAAAAGCUCGCCCCUGUCGUAGUUCACCUCACAAAAUAAAAAGAAGGCUGUGAUCUGUCGUGAUGUGUCGUCUUUUUUCUCCAGGUUUAAUCAACAAUGCGCAAGAACUAUUGGUAAUCAGAAAAGAUCACCUGUUCGUUUUUUUUUCAUUGAAGGAAAUAAAUUGUCUGAAAUCACUGCGCUUCAAGUCAGUUGGCUUUCCUUAUUGCGGCCAAUAACUCAAACACAAAGUGCGAAGGUUAUUGCGCUGUGGGGUGGAUUUUUGUGCGAGGCAGGAAGCAGAAUGGUCAACGUGAGGAAAAGUUUAAAUGAAAACACUAAGAGAAGACAAAAGUGUUGGAUCCCAGCCACGCUUUGAAUUGGAUUUUUACGUAAAAUUCACUUGUAACUUGUGAACAGAGGAGAAACGUGGCGAAUAGGCAAAUUACAAGCAUACCCAACAAAAACAGUAGGCGCUCGUUUAUACAGUUCUUGGCCUCAGUGCGAAAUAAAAGACAAGUGCUGCUUCCUAAACCA